AUGUACCGUCGGGGUGAACCUCCAAAAGGGCCGCCGCCGUUCGGACCUGCACCACACCAUGGCCCACCGUACAGACGCGGCGGGCCUUGUGGUGGUCCUCCUCCCAGACACUUCCCCCCUGGACCGUGUGGACCAUUUUCGGUACCCCCACCGGAUUUUCUUCACAGCAGACCACUGGGGCAUUUGAUCAGUGUAGGUACCCAAACGUUGACGAUAAGGAGCUCGCUAAGUUAGUGUGCUAACAGGAUGUGGUUUGCAUGAGGGCUUGUUAGCAUGAUGCUAAUAGAGCAGACAGUUAAAUGAUAUACACACUCAUGAAGGGGCCUGCUAUAAUUAGAUCUCAAACUCUGCAUUAUGAGGGUGUAUUUAGUCACACACACAACAGGUACUUUUUCUACUGGAAAGACCAACGCUUUAUGAUCCGAAAGUGAUUGUACUCAUUGGUAACUUCAACCAGUUGUAAAACAAUACAGUGUUGUGUGAGAUGAUCAGGGAAAGUCUCCUAAGGGUCAUUUCAUGUCAAUUCAACCAAGAAUCGCCACUCCCGUCACAGAUUUUAAUGAAAUUUGGUGGUGUGAUUGGCCUUGAGGAGAAACUGUCAGAUCUCAAAUAUUUUUGUUCAAAGCCAUUUAAUUAGUGAGAUAGGGGCUAACGAAUUUUUGGCUAAGUAGCAUGACAUGCGUUACACAAGUGUUCAUAUCUCUAGAAGUAUGGCACAUAGAGAGCUGAUUCGGGUGUCAUUUUAAAGCUCUCCUCAAGUUCUAUCUUUUUGUUCAUAACAUUUUUUUCCCAAAUUGGAUCAGAAAAAAUUAUAAAAGACCAAAAACUUAAAUUGGAAAUAGCAAAAAACGCGCGUCCUUCAAUUUUCUUCAUAUUCACACUAAAGAAAGAUAACAUGUCCACUAGCAUCCCUGCAAGUUUCAGGAUGGGCAUUUCAUAACUUUCUGAGCAAUUAGUCAAAACAUGAUUGGACUCAUUUGCAUAAUCCCUCCCUCCCUAAAAUUAAAAAUGACCUAAAUAGCCCAUUAACCCAAGAAUUUCAUCACAUUUGAUUCAAUAUGGCCCACACAGAUAAUACCUUAGAUUGUAGUGUCAUCUUGGGUUCAAAGUGAAUGUCAUUCUUACAUACCUGUACAUCUUGAUUUAGGCCCUUAGUUUUUUUUCAGGGCAGUUGUAGCACCCUUAGUCUCUUUAUCAGAAACAGAAUAUGUGCAUCCUUUGGCAGUGACUGGAUGAACUGAUGUGAGUACAUCAUGAUAGUCAAUUGUCAGAAUGUCAGGUGGUUCAGGGAAUGUGUACGAUUUGGCUGGUCCAUGUGGAUGGAGGAAGGUAACCUGCAAUUCAUGGCUUUCUGGUAUGCUUUCUUUCACACAUGCAGGCCACCACAGGUUGUCAUAUGCCACUGUGACAUAGCCAUUUAUGGCUGAGACGCUGCUCACCGCUGGUGUUACACUAAUAUGCUCAUCCCUGUAUUCAUCAGAAGAUGAGAAUGUUUUGACUUUGACUCUCUCCUUCGAUAUCGGACAGAAGUAGUGUAAUUUCUGGGUGCCAGGAAUUGUGCGAGCAACUUCAAACCUGUCCUUCAGGAUUUGAGACUCCUGCUUGUACUGUUCAGUGCUCACAAAUUGGCAGUUGAUGUUCUUCAGCUCUGACUGUGCAAAUUCAAAAAGCUGUUGAGGGGUGGUGAUUUGGUUUUCAUAUGGUCUUUGUAGACUAGCCCUGGCUGCUAACCUUUUUAUUGUCCCUCCAAGUCCAUCAGAUGGUCCCUUACUAUGAGAGGUCGCAAAGAAAUGCCAUUCAGCUGGUAUGCCAAAGUCUUCCUCAUGGUGACACAGAUUGAUGAAGUUUUCAGAUUCUUGUACUGUGCAGCACAGCCAUCAGAAAAGUAGCAAAUCCUUCUAGGGCUCUGUCCAUUACUGUUGGUUAGGAACUGAACAAGCAGUUUUUGGUAAAGGUGAACUGCAACAGUGUCAUGAAUAUUGCAUUCUGAAAUGAUGACGAGAUUGUUAUGUACAGGUGAGUCUUGUUCAUCACUCUUGUAAUAAUAAACAAACGGAUGGAUUGUAGCCUGGAGAUUGUUCCAGUGGAAUGACUGAGAUGCAUCCUGUACUACAAAGCUAUAGUUCUCCGCGAAGUCUGCGAUGACCAGGAAGACACCAGGCUCCAGAUUACGUCUCAGACUUUGAAGGCAAGACGCUUGCUGUUUUGCAAUGAAGUCAUGGAGCAAAAGUUUACAAAGGCUGCUUUCGAAAGACUCCAUGAACUCCGGAACUGUCUGGACCCUCGUUUCUAGGUUUGACCUAUCUGUUGAUGUCCACUGUUUGUACUGAAUUUGAACAAUCAUGUCUUCUUGCAUAUUUCUUCAAGUUUCUCUCUUAGCCUGUCUGUUCCUGGACACUGCAAACAUUUGCCGAAAAAGCACUCAAUACGAGGUGGAUUGCACCGAAUAACAGCAAGACAGUGACGGUAGUGCUUGAACUCACCCUUGGUCACAGAGUCUAACUUACAUCCAGUGAACAUGAGCUUUAUAUUCUGGUGUGUUGUACACACACAAAUUGAGUGUGUCCCACUGGAACCUGCUAGAACACAUUGCCUUGGACGGAGUUCAGCAAAUUUGGAGAAUCCAACUUUGACGUCAGGAUGUAAUUCUUUAAAGAGUUCAUAUGCUUCAUGUAGGUUGCAAAGUAUGAGAUGCUUUUGCGCAUGUUGCUUUAUUCCAUCCACAGUGACAGAAAUGUAGUCUUUCAUGCCAGGCAUUAGUCUGCUCACUGAAUCGGACAAAUAGAAUGCUUGUACCAUAUCCUCAGUCAUCUUUGACAAUACUUUCCCGGACCUCGGUUAGGCAUUGCUAGAAUGCCCUCCUCUUUUACUAAUGCUUUUUCUUUCUUCACCAUGUAGUUUGUUGCACUGAACUCCUCCCUGAUUUCAGCUACUGUCCAGCUCUUAGAGAGAACAGUGAGGUCUUGUACCUUUUCACUUUUCUGUUUAGUUGAUUGGAACUUAUCCUUGAGUUGCUCAAUCAUUUCCACUCCUGCAUCCUGGAGUUUUGUUGAUGAUUUCCCUGUAGUAUAUUCCAGUCUUUUUUUCACAGUAUCACCUAUUUUCUUUGAUUUCAUCUUUAGAUACUUGUCACUCUCUCUUUUCCGUGUUAUGGUCCAUACAGGUGAUUCUCCAAUUAAUUGCAGUGACUGAUUUAAAAUGCUCAAUUCAGCCCUCUGGGAAAGAUAUUCAGAGUCUUCAGAGCAGCCAGGCUUUGGAGAAUAUUUGUCAGCAUCAAUAGUAUCAUUGCUUUCUGUGGUUGGGGAUUUUUCCUGAUCAACUGUUUCUACAUGACGUUUCAUCAUUUUCUUUCGGCAAAUGUCACAAAUCUUCUGUCCCAACCUUAAGUUUAAGUCAGGAUGAUUUGCGAUAGCUUUCCUUGUUACAGCCCUCAACCCAGCUGUUUUUGGUUUGACAUGUUCACCAAAUGGGUUGCAGCAUGAUUUUUGAUGCAAAAGGAAAGCUGUCUUUGCCUUCAGCAUGGUGUUCAUUUAUUGUACAGCUUCUUGAACUUGAUGGUGUGUGAGUGUAUGACCAACAAAGUGCUUGAUAGAUGUAGUCUGAGACUCAAUUUCUUGAUGCACUUUGGAGCAGAGGCAAAUCGGGCUCAGGAUAAAUACCCUUGAAUACUUCACAGGGAAACCAGCAACAAAAUUUCAGGGUGCAUAGGUAGAAGUUAUUUGUCAACCCUAGGAUCCAGGACAUGCAGGUAUGUCCAAAUGAUUCUCCCAUGAAGCUAAGAUCAUUCAUAUUCUGGAUAUAGGUGCAAAUGCAAAUGAAAUGCGAUGGAAAACUGAGCAAAAAUAAGCUAUUGUAGCCAUUUUUCAUGUAAAUAUGGGAUAACAUACAAAUGAAAAACUCAAAAAAAGCAUUUUACACUAUGAGGAAGUAAUAUUUUACACAAGCAGGCAAGUGGGGCUGACUCCAGAUGAGGUAAGGACUGUAUAAUGUGCCAAAUAUGGCGAUUUACAACCUAACGUACCACACAUUUUGACUGAUUACUCAAAAAGUUAUGGAAUGCCCAUCCUGAAACUUGCAGGGAUGCUAGUGGACAUGAUAGUCUUUCUUUAGUGUGAAUAUGAAGAAAAUUGAAGGACGCGCAUUUUUUGCUAUUUCCAAUUUAAGUUUUUGGUCUUUUAUAAUUUUUUUCUGAUCCACCAAAUUUCAUCAAAAUCUGUGUUGUGAGUGGCAAUUCUUGGUUGAAUUGACAUGGAAUGACCCCUAAUGCACACGAGAAACCAGUGACUAAAGAAAUUGAGAUUUCACACCAGUGAUCUCAGACAGAUCCAAACAAGAUUUUUUAGACCAUUUUUGUCUUUGACCAACUGUCUGUGAAAUCAGCAGAUGAAAGAAGACCAAGAGAGACUCUCCAUGCAGUUUGUGAUAGUAAAUCUGCCUUAAGUCAUCAAAAACUAUCACCUACAGUUAGAUAUGUCCUCUGAAUAUGUAGCCAAAUAUAUACAGUCAUGGAAAAAUAAUUAGACCACCUUUGUUUUCUUCAAUUUCUUGUUCAUUUUAAUGUCUGGUACAACUAAAGUUCGUUUGUUGGGACAAAUAUAAUGAUAACUAAAAAUAGCUCAUAAAAGUUUAAUUUAAGAGCUGAUAUUGAGCCAUUUUCCAUGGUUUUCUUAGAAACAACCAAAAUCACUGGAGUUCUUAAUCAAUAGCUAUGGCAUUGUUCUGUCAAAAACAGAGAUUUUAGGCAUUCCAUGUUUUCUCUUCUGUCUGUCGGUCACAUGAUACAGACAAGCGUCAGUACUUGAUUGGAUAACCAUUGUGUCUGAUGACUGCAGCAGCCAUGUGUCUUGGCAUGCUCUCCACCAGCUUGUGACAUAGUUCCGCUGUCACAGCAGCCCAUUCCUGUUGCAAAAUUUCUACCAAAUUUUCUUGGUUUUUUAGCUUGUGGUUCUCCAUUUUGAGUUUGAUGAUGUUCCUCAGGUUUUCAGUUGGGUUUAGAUCUGGUGAUUGAGCAGGCCAAGGCAUGGUUCAAAUGUUUUGGUUCUCCACCUAGGCUUUAAUUGACCUUACUGUGUGGCAAGGGGCAUUGUCUUUUUGGAAAAUCCAGUCAUUCAAGCCAGGAAAGAGUUUAUCAGCUGGUUCAUUCAUUUCCCCUUCACACAACUGCAUGUGCCCUGUUACACCCAUUGGUAAAAUACCUUUAGUGGUAUCAGGCAUGAAAAUGAACAAGACAAGGGUAGUCUAAUAAUUUUUUCCAUGACGGUAUGUAUGGGGCGCUGCGCCCCACUUAUAUAUGAGAACUAACUACAAGGAUUUAAGUAUAACUCCCAACUACAUCUUUGUUAAAAUGCAGAUAUGCUCAGAAACCUCAAGCUGUAUGAUGCAAUGACAAAAUUAUGCAGCAUGUAUACAAACAGAUCAAUACAACUUUUUUUUUGUUCUUUUAUGCACAACUCAGAAACAGGUUGAAGAAACUAUCAGUAUAAAAAUUAACUGUGAAGAUGAAACUUAAUAUUAAGGAUUUAGUUAAAUGUAUACUGCUUUAUGUAUGUACUGUACAUAUGUAUUCCUAAUGUGUGUUUCAGAGAAGGAAAUAGUAAUGCUAACCAAGUUUCUAAUGCAGGCCUUUCACUCUGUCAACUAGGUAAUGCUGGAGUUUUGUUCUAAAUUAGAGAGAAGGCAUUACAGCAGGUAUAGUGAAUUGAAUGCGGCAUCAAUUCCAUUAGAAAACAAUUACUAAGUCAUAAUCUACUAAUUAAUACAGGUUAACAGCUUAUCCAUCCUUGUGAACCCCAAGGAGAUAAUUAGGUAAGGACUUAAUUAAAGGACCAUUAUCAGUGUUUCUUAAUUCAAAGAUGUGCACUUGUUAGGUCUUACAUGCUUAAGGGUUAUUGGUAGGUAAGAAAUUAUUGAAAGAGGCACACAAUCACAGCUGCUGUUAGACUGUCUCAUAAAAGUCUUUUCUUUGGGGUGGGUUGGCUGAAUUGUUUUGACUACUGACACUCAGCACCAUAACCCACCUGACCCAGAGAGAGAUGGAUUACUAUUUGUAAUCUGGACCCACAACACAUGUAAAACUAACCAACAACUAAAGACCAUAUUUCCAUUUUUUUAUUAGUGAAUUUUCAUUUUUUGCUUGCGAUGCAUUUACCGUCGAAAGAAUUUCCAUUUUCCUUGUGACAUACAGUACGGUCACAUUUUUUCAAGAUGUAACAAAUCAACUGCUUGCAUCAUCUGCGUAGGUAAGUAAGUGAAGCCUUUUCUUUAUUCUGUUGUGUGAAAAUAGACAAGGUUAUUUGUGAGCUAAUUAUAUGCAUCAUUUGACAUAGAAUUAAACCUCAAUUAAACACUUACUUUUAAAGCAGAUAUCUGUGGUUAUAACUUACAAUGAACUCUAGUUUACUGUUGAGUUUACCGUAUUUGAUUUAUGCAAAUCACAUUUUAUAUCUGUUGUGACUCCUUGGUUUGACAGAGAAUAUCAUUAACAUCACAUCAAAUAUUUUGCAGCUGGAAAUAAAAACAACAACAAAAAAAAAACUUUACUGAACUGUUGGACCAAGCAGAAAGAUGUUGGCAGCACAUUUCUACUGCCUCCAAAUAAGGGAGGCUUGAAGGAUGCAGAGAAGAGAGCUCAUCAGUCAUUCACUGUGAUUUGCUGAGACACAGAGUUUUACGAGCUGGCGUUGUUUCAGCUUCCAACUUUCCUGCAGUUCCCUAGUUAACGGCAUAUAGAUACUUGACAUUUCUAUGUCUUGUUUUGUGCAUAGUUAGACAUACUUUCUGUGUAAAUAGCUGUUCUCCAUGUAUGGUUUACAGAUUUCUCUCAUGUUCUCUGUAAUCAUUUGUGAAUUUAAGUAACAUUACUAGGCCAAUGUAGGAUUUGCAAAUGUUUUUUUUUUUUUUAGUUUUACUUUUUUUGAAGAUGGUUUGAGGUGAAAGAACUCAUACAUUAUAAGUCGAGAUGAUCAUUUCUUUGAAACACGAACCUGUUCAAUCUAAAUUUCAUACUUGAGUGAACAAUCAGAUGGACUCUUCAUGCUUACUUGCAAAUUUUAGGGUCAGUUUUAAACAGCAAUUGAUGCAAAAACAUUGUUUCCUGGUUACUGAAAUUAACUAUGAAACACAAUGUUUUAAAUAUGUCAAUACAAGACCUGAAAAACCUGGAAACCCAGUGUUUAACAUGGAUCCUCUGGCAGAAAAGUGAGAGCAGCCUUUUGUGUGGAAAAUUGUAAAUGUGGAGCUAAAGUGGGGGAAGAGCCGGAGCCUGAACUGAUGAUAAAAAGUGAAAAGGUUGCUGGAAGUCAAAACCCAGAGAAGAAACUGGAUCCUGACAGCUGUUUCAGCGUAAAACCCUCUUUAAGAGUCUGUUUGUGACUGCUGCGUUAGAAUUGAACAGAAAUCUGACUGUGGUGAAUUAUGAAAUAUACACUCACUGUUAGAUUAGUUUUAUAACAGCCGGAAUAAAUAUGUGUGUUGCUCAAGUUGAAUGACAUUAAAGGUCCAGUAAAGCUAGGUAUUGCUGUUUUGUUUUGUUUUUUUUCCAAAUCAAAGCUUUAUGAAACUAAAACUCACCUUGCAUGGAGUGAGAAGUUAAAUACGCUAGCUGUGUUGUAAACAGAAAACUCUGGCUCAUCUAAACAGCUUUCUUUGUUGCACCUCAGAACAUUUAAUCCGUCAGAUAUUUACUGUAGAGUUUACAGUGUCGAUGAAUGAGUCCGAGCUGUAAAAUCGCUGUAAGUUGUUAAGAUCACUUUAAUUUCAUGAAUAUUCCUUGCUUUGCCCAUUAUUGACUCUUAAACUCUGGAUUAAUGGUCCCUCAAGACCACAUGCAAGCAUUUCUUUUUCAUUAUUAAGUAUUUACAGUUUAUGGAAGUCCAAUUCAAACCCCAUCAUUGAUUCAAUAGUUGUUUCUCCCUCAGUGUUUGCUGCCUGCUGACAGGGCAAAAUGAUGCUGUAAAUAAUGUUUCCAAAGGUAUACUGUAAGGUUUUGAGUUACUGUUUCUGUUCUGUUAUGUGGACGGUUCAUUCCUGUGCCACGCUCUGCGUAUGAUUUGUUUCACAAGUGUGUAUGUGUGUGUGCUGUCCCUGUUUUAUCUCUCAAAGAGGACUCAAUGAUGUUACUGCCAAAUAUAUCAGAGAGUUGAAAGGAAACCCUUUUCUGUCCUUAUUUCAUACCGGUCCUUUGGUUCUAAGUGUGGCACCCUGGUUCCUCACUGGGAUGCAGCACAUCACCCAUCUUAACAUUUACAGAGCCAAAACAGAGCAACAGAUUAAUAUUCGUGCAUAUCACUGGGUCAUGGGGUUUAGAGGUCUGUACCUUGUGAUGAUUACAACCUUGUACUGUCCGGGGUUUUUUCAUGCUGGUGGAUACUCACUAGGGAUGGGCUAUAUGGGCUAAAAAAAUUAACACGGUAAGAUUUGCCAUUCAUAAAAGUCCCUAUAAAACAUAUUAUAAUUCCAAUCUAUAUUUUUGACUCAUUUUGUCUUGAGAACACCAGUUGGAGUUGUCAAAUAAGAUACUUAACCACAAGUUUAAGUGGUAGGUUAUGGAGAAAACUAAUGACAUCAAACAAGUCUGAAAUGUGAAAUCAUUUUCAACAUUUGCUGAAAACUCUUAUUGCACAGAGUGAACAGCAGCAGAUCCACUGUCCGAUGUUAGGCAGACCUGAUUGCACUCAUCUAAAUCCUAAUCUUUAAGGAAAUCCCUUAUGUGGAGUCUCGUUCAGUAACCAGCUGCUCAGAAACGUCUUCUUCAUUACUUUAAGUUUGUUUGUUAUUCUGCUCUGUGUGGGCUAUGGCUGCAAGUCUGUCGCUCGCGCUUCUGUCAUCAACUUGCAUAUUGUAUUUAUCAUGAGAUGGCAAAUAUUUAUCAUGGAGGAUUUGUCUGACGAUAUAUCGUGAACAGUAAUUUAUCACCCAUCCUUGUUAACUACAAAAAAAUGAGGUAGUUUGUUGAAAGGGUUGGCAGCUUGAUUACUCAGCACCAGCCUGAGGUUGCCAAGAAAAAGCAGGUUGGUAAUAAGAGGCAGAAUAAGAAGUUAUGAGAUCUUUAGUAGAGCCUGCAACUGUAAUGAUUACAUCUGAUGCCCCAGUUCCUGAUCUAUAAAUAUUGUUUAGGUGCCAAGAGAAACUCUAGUGUGUCCAUGUGAGGCUGUCUCGAAAUGCCAAGAAAUCCCCAUUAACACUUCCUUUAAAAGCCUAUUUUUUACGGAAAAAUGGUUGUGGUCUCAGGAGUUAAUUUCUUUAAUCUAAAUCACUUAAAGAGGUGAAUAUCUGAAUAAUUCAUUGGGGGCAUUGCUUAAUUAGCUAGAGGCCAGGAGGCUAACCAUCUACAGCAGCUUCACCUCUUAGUUUGUAAGCUGACUGAGAGUUAGGUCUGAAAACAACUUCAAGACUCACUGGCUAAGUCAGCGACAGAUAAAAACCAUAGACUGUAUAUACUCUAGACAACUUGGUUCCGCCUACCGCCUGUAUACGGAUUUGAAGCCAAAUACCUCUCUGUAUUUCCGGGGUUUUUCCUCAUUUCCUGAAACCAGCACUGUGCAGUAGCAAUGCGUGCAUUUGGGCGCGCAGUCGCCAAGAGUCGCCGUGAUGACGCUCUGCUCAAACAACGUAUCCCCCCAGGAGAGCUACACAAUCCCUGAACGCCCAUAGGCUGUAUCAGGUGUCAAUCAAAGAGAACAUGAAUCCCCUAAUAACUGUACAGAAAAAAGAGGACUUGAGCACAAACCAGUCUUACUGUAACUACAUGUCAACAUCACAAGCAGGGGGGAGAAAAAUUUAUGUUCUGUGUAAUAAAUUUCUAAAGUUUGUCCACAGCCCCAUAAACUUUGCUGGUGGAGGCGGGAUUUAUGACCUAUACUGCAUUCCCCUCAACAAAGGGUGCUGUUCUCGGAGUGGCUUCACCUAGUGAGGAGGCAGACUCUGUCCAUUCUAUAUACAGUCUAUGAUAAAAACUUCUCUGUUAUAUGAUCAUUUGAAGUAAUUGGUUUAUGUGUAACAAUAAUUACAAAAUAAUUACAUAUUAUUGUGGUAACAGAUGAGAGGCUGAGGGGACAUACAAAGAGAGUUAUAGUUAUUGGUGAAUUAAAAUAGCGGAGCAGCUAACGUUAUAGUAAAUGGUGGGGUAGACAGGAUCUGAGGAAGUGUCAGUUUUUGGGAGAAGUCUUGAAUGUAAACACUACCCCUCCCAACCAGUUUUCCCUUCAGCUCCUCCUCUCUCCUCCCUCUCUGCUCCAGCAAGCCCCGCCCACAAACAGAAACUCAAUCAUAUCAUUUAAAUUAAUUCAGAUAUAAUGCAGACAUGUUGCUCACAGCUCUUUAAGAUUUACCAUUGAAACAGCUUCAGAACUCAGAAACCAGUGGGUGUCAUCCAUAGACUGUAUAAAGAGUGCCUCCUCGCUUGGUGAAGCCAUUCCCAAGAACAACACCCUCUGGUGAUGGGCUGCAGUAUUGGUCAUAAAUCCCGCCUCUUCCAGCAAUCCUUAUUGUAUUGUAUUGUAUUGUAUUGUGUCAAACAGCAUUUACAUCUUGAAUAGAUUUUAGGCACUAAACAGAAACUGUUUCAGGUUAGCUCCGCUGUUAUUUAGGAUGGGAAAAUGUCAUUUAACAGGAUGUUAACAUUGCCUGACAGCAGCCACUCUGACAAGGCUGCCUGCAGUCUCAGCAGACUUGAAUGGUUUCCUUGUACUGUAGCUCUUGUGAAUACAGUCGAAUCAUGUACACUCUAAAAAGAUGAUUUUCACAAGCAGCUGACACUGUAAGGAAACUGGUUGUCAGAUAUUUUCUUAAAUGCAGGCAGAUACUAUGGCCACGAUCCUCUGGAAAAUGCCAAAGAUGGUUUACAUUUUGUAACAUCCACACAUGUGCAGCAAAACUCUGACCGCUGCUUUCUGCUGGUUGUAUUUUCAGAGCUUUAAUUUAUAUUUCAGGCCACCAGUAGACUGAAGACUGAAAUGACUCCUAGUCAAAUGUCAAAAUAUUGUACAUUGUUGUCAUUGUUUGUACAGGAGCUGUUUGUAACAGUAAAUGUCUAGUCUAGUUAAAUAACAUGAAUUCUGAACACUCUCAGCCCCAUUGUAGCAGCUUCUCUGUAGACCAUAGUACAGCUCCUUUGGGGGGUAGGCAGCAGAUCCCUCCUCCAGCAGAACCACCACAGGCCCCACAGUGGAACCCCCAUCCUGUGGACCACCAGCCCACUGACAGCAGGUAGACGUUUUUGUUAAUGUUUAUGAAAAGUUCAUGACAGCUUGGAUGAGUUUGAACUGGAACAGUUGGAUCGAAGUAGUAUUUAGAUUUAGGUGUUUGAAGCACAUGUGUUUUUGAUUUUCAGUGACCGAGCUGGGGAGGAAUUUCUGAGAUGUAUUGCAGCAAACAAGCCCCUCCCAGACUACCUCAAAGGUAACAUGGCUUACAACCUGGCUGAAGCAUUUAAGUCUGCCAGUGUCCUGAAAGAAGCCAUCAAGUUGGACCCUGAGUUCCAGAAGCAUGUGACCAGGAGCAGAAGCCGAAGUCGGAGUCGUGGCAAAAGUUGGGGCAGAUCUCGAGCCAGGAGCCGUGCACGAAGCAAAAGCAGAGCACGCAGCCGAAGCAGAGGAAGGAGCAAAAGUCGCGCUCGUGCAAAGAGUCGGGCAAGGAGCAAGAGCCGGGCAAGGAGCAAAAGUAGGGCGAGAAGUAGGAGCCGGAGCCAGAGCAGAAGCAAGAACAGUCACAUACGAAGCAAGAGCCGGGCCAGGAGGUCCAAGUCACAUAGUAGCAGUAGAGAAACGAGCCGAGGCAAAGACAGGAAGAGAAAGAAGAGUCCCAGUCACAGCAGCAGCAGCAGCAGCUUUGGUAAUACUGGCAAUACCCUCGCAGGAAGUAGCCUUAUAGAAGGACUAAAACUCGUCAUGAACAGCAAAGAAAUGGAGGACCAUCUGCCAUCCUUCAAAGAUGCCAUCCUCACAGUCCAGGUAGAGUUUGCCAUUUCUUUCUCCUACAAAAUGUCUAGAUCCAGUCCAUCAAAAAUCUGUACAAAACAGAUUUUCUAUCAGUACUCUUAAUGUCGAAACUAGGAGGACACCAUAGGCUGUCUCUGUCGGGAUGGUGGUCUUAUUGAGGAAUGUUUCGAUUUGACUUAUGAGAAGUUAAAGAAUAAGUUAAGUUAUAAAAAGUUGAAGAAAUAGUGCUCAGAAAGCAGAAAUUCAGUCAGCUGUGGAAUAAUGUUAUUGCAGCGCCACAGGGAUGAAUGUUAAGUACCAUAACUUUACUCUGCAGCUAUUGAAGACGCUCUGUCAGUGUUGCGUAGCAACAAAUAGGUUUCAAUGCUAAUCAAUGUAACAUUGCAUACAAGACGCAUAUCAGCUCAGUAUCAGAAGUGUAUCGAGCACAGCUCUGCUAAAGAUAUGCCCUGAGUCUAUUUUCGCUGCUCUACGCUUCCAACAUGCUUCAAUCUACACAGAGAAGAUCAUUCUAGACAGGAUGUCAAGCAUGAAAAACCGCACGUCAUCUGGUAAAUUUCAAAAUCAAUCAAUUAAUCAAUCAAUCAAUCAAUCACUUUAUUUAUAAAGCACUUUUCAUACAUAAACUUGUAUCACAAAGUGCUGUACACAGGGGAUACAAACGGAAGGAUCAGGGGAUACAGAAUAAAAUACAAAGUACAAAAACCCCACCAACCCACCCACCCUCCAAGCCCACAUUUAACAGAGACUCUCCCACCCACCCACACAUACAGACACACGCACACACUCUCACAACCAUCGGGACACCAAGUCAGAGCUCAACAGGAAGCCACAAAGGACCAAGGAAAUGCUAUCUUAAACUAAAAUGGAAAAACACAGGAGCUGAAGCUAAACUGAUAAAACCAUGACAAGAUAUUAAAAAAUAAAAUGAAAUCAAACCAUAAUAAUAAUAAUAAUAAUAAUAAUAAUAAUAAUAAAAUUUUGUAAUAAAACUGUUUUAAAAUCAAACAACAAAAGAAAAUAAACAAAUAUUGUUCAAUUAUAAGAUAAUAAUUCUAGGACUAAAGUGGAGUAAAAUACUAAAAAGAGUAGACUAAAAGAGGCUAGAAGAAUAAAACAAAAUCAGCUAAAAGCCAGACUAAAAAGGAAGGUCUUGAGUUUGUGUUUAGAAAAUAUGAACUGUAGGUGCUGCUCUCAGUUCUUCAGGCAGACUGUUCCAAAUAAAAAAACAUAUGAGGACUCCUGACUGUUUAUAAGUUUGUGUAGAUGAUAAAUACUUCCUAGUUAUGGAUUUAUCAGUAACAGAACAAUCUGAUGGCCAAUCCCUGAUCCAUGUGGACCCCAACAGGACUUUGAACUGCUAACUCUGUCUGAAGGUAACAGCACAGCAUAAAGGAACAUAGUUUACUUUAUUAAACAUGAGUAAACCUGCAAAAACUGAAACUUUAAAAUCACAUUGCUUUUUCACAUAGAGUAAAGGCUCAGCAGUCACAGAUUAAAAUCCAAAUAAGCAGGAAAUAGACCACAGAAAGGCAAAACAACCUGCUGUGAGUAUGUUGUUUCCUCAAACACGCAUCCUGAGGGCGAUGAAGCGCGCUGCUCUACGGAGCAGAGACGCUUCUCACCAAAGAAGAGUUGGAUGUCAAAUUUGGAGGUUCUCCUGAACAUCACAUAUGGUAAUCACUCUUGCUCAAAAAAACCUACAAAUCAACAAAACAUAGUGUUUACCCCUCACCUCUGCCCAGCAUAGGGCACCUGUGUUACACAUAGAAUAUGAUUAUCAGUGUAAUGCAAAUACAAAUACAAACAUUCAACUGAGCAGAUUACUGAGAACUUUCAGCCUACUGGACUUCAGGGACUCUGUACCAUCAUCCUCUCAGAACAAAGUCAGAUUUACUCAUUCGGGAUGGAAAGCAUGAUCCCCCUGCACAUUAUUAAGAUGAGGGGAUUUCAUGUAGAUAAGUCGACAAACUACUUUAGAUCUCUUCCUUCUUUGUUUCUGACAGACAUCUUUUAUCUUCUUCUUCUUCUGUUUGUUUGGAUUUUGUUUUGUUUUUAUUCAAGUAACUUUUAUAGUUGAAUCACACUUUCAAAAAUGAGGGUCUUGAAUUUCAGAUUUUGUUGUAUUUAGUUUCUGGGAUUUUUAUUUACAUUUUAUUUAUUUUACAUUAUUAAGAGGGAAGGUGAGUGGAUAGAGAAGGUAAAUAGGAGAAAAAAUAGGCAAUGACAUGUGGAUAAGGGCCAUGAGUUGGCUGCCCUUUUCAAGACCUAAAACCCAGAUCUGUGCUGUAACCACUAAGCCUAAAACUUUGCAGACCCUGGUAUCUAAGCGUGACCCUCUCCCUUAACGAUGUGCUAAAAUCAUCUUGAAAAACUUACUUACAGGUACUGUUAGAAGAAAUCUUUGAUAAUCCAGUGAAUUGCAUUUCCACAUUUCAAACUUAGAUUUCAGAUUUUCUGCAGAAAAAGACAGUAGACCAGAGCAUAUGAUGAUUCAUGACACGAAAUAACAUACUUGUCAGGAUUUUCAUGACACUGUUUUGUUCUCUCUUUUGUGAAGGCCUCAGACGAAACCUCAAAAUCUGUGCUGGAUGUUUGCAAACAUCACCAAGAUGCCAGUCAGGAGAAUUCAACAUCGAUGGACGCCGACAGUAUGCUUCUUCCUCAUGACAGAGUGGGUGGGGACUUCUCUUGGCUCCAAACGCAGACUCAAGAGGACUACGCAGCCAAAAAAGCUGACGAGCUUGAAGAGGAAGAGUCCUUCUUAUAUGGGAAUGAAGACAUUGGGGAAAAACAAGCCAGUCAGCCUCUAUUUAGUAGCUUUGGGAAUUCACUUGAUCUGAAGCAACCCCUUCAGAUUUCUGCUCUAAACUUCGCUACAGCCAAUCUAGACAGCAGUGAGUGUGAGAAGGUCAGAAACAUAUUGAAAAGUCUGGGCUCGACAGACGUGGGGAACAUCACAGGGAAAAAAGAGGAGAAGCAGCAGGUUCCUCUGUUUUCAGCCUCAGACUCCACAAUUGCAGGUUUAGCUCUCCCGGCGCUGGCUAACCCCAAUGUUCGACAAGCUUUGGAGUCUCUGCAGUCACUGAUAAAAGGUGAGGAUCCCGAAGCUGACUUAUUAGACCUCUGUAAAAACAUGUUUUUUAGAUGUUUAUAUUAACCAGCCAUGGAUGUAGUCAGGUGGUUUUGUUUUAUUCCAGAAGCUUGAAAUGCCUGUUAAAGGGAUAUUCCAACAUAAAUUUAAGUUAAGGUCUAACACACUGUAACACUCGGUGAUCGACUUCUUGGGGCUUCCCCACAAACAAGUGGCUGCUGGAGGAGAGUAGGUGAAUUGUGUUUGGUCUCUUUGCUAAAGAAAUUAGGCAAAGCUAAGAAGAUGUUUGGUGGCUAGUACUAUGGCUGGGACCCUAUAUGUACUAUUGAUGAAGUUAGGUGCUGUUCUGAGCAUUAUUUGUGGCUAUAGAGUGGCUUUUUGGUUGAGGUUUGCACAUGGAGACGUAGACCACUGUGUAUUGCUAUUGUGCAGUGGUUUCUAAAGUUGGCAUAACUAGAGAAGCAAGCAGUCGGCAAAAUUCAUCUCUCGAGGGGGUGUCUAACUUGGUGUGAUGGUGUGUUUGACCAUAACUUAAAUUUACACUGGAAUAUCCCUUUAAAGCUCUGGCAUGCAACCCUGAAGAUACCAGCAAGGCUAAGCUACACUGAAAGUAUCACAAAGUAUACACUCCGCCCCCAGACUGCGAUGGUCCAAUCACAGCGUAGCAAACAAAAGUCGGACAUCAUGGCCGCAUCACCCGUUGAAUCCCAUGUUAUUUAAGGCUAUUUCAGAAGUUGAUUAACAAUAUAAUAUCAAGAAGAUUCGUAUUAUAUUACCACCAUGGUGAAAAGUUGCUGCUGGGGGACCUGCAACAGUGAUACUAGGUACCCAGAGCGUUUGAAUGGGGCAUUUUUUAUUCCUUUUCCGAAGCCGAAGCGUGCCUUAAAAAGGUGCAUGCUGUGGAUUAAGUAGAGAUUGCCAUUAGAUUAAUGAGCAUAUUGUGUAACAUGUCCAGUUUAAUCUGUUUCUUUUUAUCAUUUUUAGCUGUUUAUUUGUGAUAGAUUGCCAUGACAUGACUUUCACACGGAGUCAUGUUAGCUAGCAUGCUUUGCAGAAAGUAUGGGUCACUCGGUAAAGUUCAACACUCCACCACGUAAUCACAGAGCAGUAUACCACUAGUUAAAUCAUUUUCUCAUUAUGUUUAUCCAGUAACUAAGUACUUAAUAGUUGUGUAGAACUUAGCCUGCGAUACACGAACACUCCUGUCCGGUGAUACUGUCGCCGACAUAGUAAAUAACCAGGAGAUGUGGUUUCUCAUUCUUCCUUUGAGAGCGAUACACUUAAGCUUCUAUUUUGUCCGUAGAAACCUGAAUAUUGUGCACAUAUUCCUCCAGGCCUUGUUGGUUAGAUUGCUGAGAGAUAUUUGAGCUUUUCCUCAAAAAUUCAUCAAUCAAAACAUCAGGUACAGCCUUUAUUUUCACAUUCAAAGUAGGGGCGCCGCCAUUGUUUUGAACGCUGGUUGUGCAAAGCUUGUCCCUGCAUAGCAACUGUAACUAUGGGGGAGAGGGGGGUGGGCGAAGCCUACCGGAAGGUGUAUGAUGAUUCAAAACUCUCUCCUCCAUAAAUUGACAGAAUGCUGUGCAGAAAAUGCUUCAGAUUACUCUUAAAUUGCUCAAAGAGAGAGUUUAGGGUUUCUUCUCCUUUGAUUUUCACAUUUGAAUCCUGAGAGACCCCUAAACUCUUCCUGAUUUCCCUUCUUGAUGCUCACCCUGCACCCCUCAGGUCAUUGCUAGAGUUACAGCAUGUUAAUCAAUCAUACUGCUUAUUCUUCCAAGUUGUCAACAUGCCAAAAGUUGAGCUGCACCAUUGAUCAUCUCUAUCUUAACUGUUUAAAAGCCUUCAGUGCGUAAGGUUUACCGUUAUGUGGCCUUUUUUUUUUUCUGCACAGCGACAAAAGAGAAACGGGCGAAGACUGAUGUUAGCGGCCAAUCUCAGAUAUCUUCUGAUAAACAAAAGGUAAAGCAUUUCUCUAAAGCAUCAAAAAUUAAACAUGAUUUUGCAUUCAGCAUGCUUGAACUCUCUCCAGUCCCACAUGUUUGAAAUAUUUUCAUACUUCCAGGUGAAAGAUAGUGAGGACUGGAAAAGAGAAAGACAAGCCAGAACGGCUAAAAUGGAAACUUUGAUGAAAGAACUAGAGGAACUGUUGAAACAGGACGGUGAGCGAACUUCUUCCAAUAACAGUUGUUUCUUCUUCUUCUUCUUCUGCUGCUUCUUUUGUGCUCUAAAAUACAUUUUGAUUGUUUUCUGCUUCCGUCUUCUCUGCAGGAAUGAGUUUUCUGACUCCAGUUAUUGGGUUUUAUUGUCAGAAGUGUGAGGAGUUCAUUGGAGAUUUAAAUGGUGCUGAAAAUCAUGCAGCCAGUCAUGGACAUAGUAACUCCAGCAGUGUAAGUCUGCCUACUGUCUCCAUGUGUAAAGAGAAGUCUUAUGUUUAUGUGAUCUAAAAUUUUUAAAGCUGGUUUAUGGAGUGAGAAUAGAGGUCUAGUGGCUAAGUCUGGCCCCAGGCAGUGAUGCAACAGGACAUGCAGGUAUAAAUGAGCUGCCUGAAAAGAGAGACAUGGCCUGAUAAGUCUGAAACAGACUAGUUUUUAUAGUUUUGGACAGCUUCUUUAUAUAUGCAUCAAACUCAAGUGGAGGAUCUCGAGUUACACCUAAAUAUUUAAACUCAUUUACCACCUCAAUUUCUUCACCAUGGAAAGUGAUGUGAAAUUUCUCCAGGGCUUUCUUUCUUCUUGAGAAGCACAUUGAUACUGUUUUUUUUUUUGUGAUUAAGUGAUUCCUUUGUACCCGUGGAUCUAAAGUUCUGAGCCCUCCCCAUAAGUACAGAGUCUUGUUAAAAAUACCCUCCAUGUUGUUUUCUGAAGCCAUUUUUGCCACACUGUCAACAGGAAGAAGGGAAAUCUUCAACUUUCUAACUGAGCUGGACUCCAGAUUGAUUUGAUAUGUGCAGCUGGUUGUCUGCGGCAUUGUUCUUGCUAUUCAGAACUAAUAACCACCAUCGCAUAACAUAAAGGCUGGGGAAAAAGUCUUAAGAACAGGAUCAGUGAGGAAAUAAGAGGUACUGCUUAGGCAACUGGAGUCACCAAGACCAGUAAGGAUUUCCUGAAAGCCAGAGCUACCCUUUUUUUGUUUGUUUGUUUUGACAUUUGCAACAGUGCCUCAUGAUUUUCCAUCCACAUUCAGGACAAACUUUAUUUUCACUUUUGCCCGAUACAUAUAACGCAUAUUAACGUGGCUCAUAAAGUACAAUAACUCAUUACUAGAGUCUUGAUCCCCUCUGACCUCUGAACUGUUUGUAUGUCUGUGUUUUAAAGCAGAAAAGCCAGCUGGACAAGCUUGCAGGAAACGACACAGAUCGACACUCGCACUAUCCAAGCAGCAGCAGCAACAACCAACACUCGCACCUCUCAGACAGAAGAGAUCACAGAGACCAGGGUUACCUCAGAGAUACAGGAGACCACAGGAAUCCCAGAGACCACCCACGACACUGGACAGGUGAGAACCCCCACAGGAGCCAACAUGAUCCGGAGCACAGGAGCCACAGGGCUGGAUCGGGAAGUAUAUCCCUGAAAGAGGAGAUGAGGAAAGAAAGGUUGCUAAUAACGGUGUCCCAAGGACUGACUCCUCCUCCAAAGCUCAAGAUGACAGAGGAGAUGGACAAGGUCAAAGCGGAAAACACAGACAGCAAGGUGGAAUUAUCGAAGGAAGGCCAAGAGAGAAAUAAAAAUGUAAAAGAUGAAAGCAGUGAUAAUAGUGGCUCUGAAAAAGAAGUAAAAUCAAAAACAAAAUCAUCAAAAAAGAAAAAAAAGAAGGAGAAAAAAAAGAAGAAGGACAAGGGGAAAAAGUCCUGA